UUUAAAACAAAACCCUCAGCUAUCGUACUCUUCUUCCUCGAUCUUCAUCGUUACGCCUAUCUCUCUCUUCUCUUCUCUCUACGCCUGAGUUAUCGGCUGCGAGGAGAAGACCGACCUUGCGAUCUCCAUAAUCGAAGCAGAUUUCAGUGAGAGAGAGAGAAGUGAAGAAGGGAGGGAAGGAUGAUCGGAGUGGGGAAGAUCAAGCAAUACACCAAUGUCCUCGACAAGCCCCUCAGCAAGGGCAAACAAGAGGUCAGUUUGAGUGCAUUUUCGUUCUUGUUUUCGGAGCUUGUUCAGUACAAUCAAACCCAAGUCGACAACAUCACAGAAUUGGAAAGAAGGUUGGAGGAUGCAGGCUAUGCUGUUGGUGCAAGGGUAUUGGAACUUCUUUGCCAUCGUGAAAAGGGAAACAGAAGGGAGACACGAUUGUUGGGCAUCUUGUCUUUCGUACACAGCACAGUAUGGAAGGUGUUGUUUGGAAAGGUAGCUGACUCACUUGAAAAGGGCACUGAACAUGAAGAUGAAUACAUGAUUAGUGAGAAGGAGCUCCUUGUGAAUAGAUUUAUUUCGAUACCAAAAGACAUGGGUACAUUUAAUUGCGGGGCCUUUGUGGCAGGAAUAGUUAGGGGUGUUCUGGACAGCGCAGGUUUUCCUGCAGUAGUUUCAGCACAUUUUGUACCUGUUGAGGGUCAGCAACGACCUCGGACAACCAUUUUAAUAAAAUUUGCUGAGGAGGUUCUAAGGAGAGAAGCAAGGCUAGGUUGAUCUUGGGCACGGGUGGCUGAUUUAAUGUUGUAAGUGAUCCACAACAAUAUAGGAAGGAGGCUGAAAUUUGGUGCUGUUUUAUGGAACCAUCCAGGAAAUUUGCAUGAAAAUCCUGUCUAUUGUUUGUUGCUUUUGGCCAUUCAGAUUCCUUUCAAUAGUUAUCCUCUGAUUGUGUAAAAAACCAUGAUAUGUAUGAAACCCAGGUUGAUUGUCUAUCAAGUGAUGGAUUAACAUAA